AUGUACCUGGUCAGAGCAAAAAGUCUUUUGAAUAUUUGUUGGUUGGUCCAUCAAGGUUCCAUCUGGGUCCAUCAAGGCUCCGUCCAGGUCCAUCAGGGUUCCAUCUGGGUCCAUCAAGGCUCCGUCCGGGUCCAUCAGGGUUCCAUCUGGGUCCAUCAAGGGUUCCAUCUGGGUCCAUCAAGGCUCCGUCUGGGUCCAUCAAGGCUCCGUCCAGGUCCAUCAGGGUUCCAUCUGGGUCCAUCAAGGCUCCGUCCAGGUCCAUCAAAGCUCUCUCCAGGUUCAUUCAAGGCUCCUUCCGGGUCCAUCAAAGUUCCAUCUGGGUCCAUCAAGGUUCUUUCUGGGUCCAUCAAGGAUCCAUCUGGGUCCAUCAAGGCUCCGUCUUGGUCCAUCAAGGUUCCUUCUGGGUGCAGCAAACUUGUCUUCCUCUUCAGACUGAGUAAACCCUCUUCAGAUUUAGUAAUUGAAUAGUCAUCAGGCUUCAAUCAUCUUCUU